UAUGGAAACGUGCCUUUAUUUUUAAAGCCUUCUUUCUUCAAUUUUAUGCCUUGGCUAAUUAAACAACGAAUUCAACUGCUUAUUUAUUCCCCUCUUAUUUUGGUCGGAUCACUCGGAAUUUAUGCUGUGUUAACUGUUAUUUAUGGCGUCGCAACCUUUAAUGAUUGUAAAAAUGCUAGAGAGGAAUUAAUUAAAGAAGUGGCUGAAGCAAAAGAAGACUUGAGGAAAAGAGGGAUUAUUGAGUGA